AUGCAAGGUCGUUUGUCUUCUUGGCUAGUCAAACAUGGAUUAAUUCAUAGAUCCUUGGGUUUCGAUUACCUAGGAAUAGAGACUUUACAAAUAAAGCCCGAGGAUUGGCAUUCCAUUGCUGUCAUUUUAUAUGUAUAUGGUUACAAUUAUCUACGUUCUCAAUGUGCCUAUGAUGUAGCACCCGGAGGACUCUUAGCUAGUGUAUAUCAUUUUACAAGAAUAGAGUAUGGUAUAAAUCAACCUGAAGAGGUAUGCAUAAAAAUAUUUGUAUCAAGAAAAAAUCCCAGAAUUCCUUCAAUUUUUUGGGUUUGGAAAAGUGCGGAUUUUCAAGAAAAGGAAUCUUAUGAUAUGUUGGGAAUCUCUUAUGAUAGUCAUCCGCGUCUAAGACGUAUUUUAAUGCCCGAAAAUUGGAUAGGAUGGCCUUUGCGUAAAGAUUAUAUCGCUCCAAAUUUUUAUGAAAUACAAGAUGCUCACUAA